AUGACUAAAGUCGUGAGAGGAGGAAGCUAUAAUGUCAUACAUGAUAACAUUUCCCAACACAAGAGAUAUCUCGAUGACCUGAUAUUCCCGAUUCUCACAAAAGAGGUCGUUUACUUCCUAACCCUUUGGUGUCUUCUUGAAGCUCUUAAUCUCAAUAUUUUCAAUAUCUUCCAAAAUUACUACAUCACCAUCGGAGCUUUCCUUUUUGGACAUUCUUUGUAUAUGCAUAUCAUCAUGUCUACUCUUGCUGGAUUAAUCACAAUAACCACUUCAAUCUUUCUUGUUCGAACAAUUCUCACCGGAAUCCUCUACUAUCACGGAUGGUUGUUUGAGGAGGUCGGAAAGCCGCCAAGUGCCCUAACCAAGUGCUUCAUGUUUAUUGUGAUGACCAUCGCCAAACGCGCCACAUUCUUCUCAUAUCAAGGUGUGCUCCCAUGGCUUAUUCCGCCACGUGUGUCUGACACUGUCACAAAAUAUCUAGCCACUAUGAAGCCAAUUCUUGAUGAUGCCGAAUACGCGGAAUUGUCGGAUCAGGCGCGCGAGUUCGAGGCCACAAUUGCUCCGGGAUUGCAAAACAAAUUGUGGAUGAAAUGGCUCAUUUCCAAGAAUUAUCUUUCCGACUGGUGGAAAGAGGUUGUCUAUAUGCGCUAUCGUGAUUCCCUCAUUCGCACCAACGUGGGAUGUGCCGAUGUCAUCUAUCAGAAAACCACCAACAUUCAAGCCGCUCGCGCUUCAUUCGUGACACUCAAUCGUCAACACUUCUGCUCGGACAUUUUCGAGAAGAACAAAAUGAAACCAGUGAGCCUCGGCGGAAUUCCGCUUUGCGCUCAACAAUACGCUGAGUACUACCGAACCCUUCGAAUUCCAUGCGAGACCUCUGAUAAGAUGAUUCGUUUGCCGCCUGCAAAUCAUAUCGCAGUAUAUCAUAAGGGAUGCUGGUAUAAGAUUGAUAUUUUCCAUGGAAGGAGAAUGGUAAACCCAGCGGAGCUUGAAAAGACGUUCCAAGCUAUCAUCGAUGACAACAAACAUGUUCCACAGAAGGGAGAGAAGUUGCUUUCUGCGUUGACUUGCGGACCACGAGAGCUUUGGGCGAGAAUCCGACGCGACAAAUUCAGCUCAGGCGUCAAUCAUGAAUCGCUUUCAUUCAUUGAGAACUCACUGGAAAUUGUGUUCCUUGAUGAUGAAGAACGCUAUUUCGAUGAGAAUGACGCCUCGAAGUAUGGACGGGAAUACGCACGAGCUCUUACCGGAGACGGUUACAUGCUUUGGUGCGACAAGCCAAGCGUCUACAUUUUCAGCAAAAACGGACGAUUCUCAUCGAAUGCGGAACACUCGCCAUGUGAUGCUAUGGUUUACGUGCAAGUUUGCGAAUACGUCAAGUAUCAUGAGGAAUUCGACAAGCCCUAUGGUCCUGACGGCCAUUGCGUCGGCUCGAUUGAGUUCGUUCCAAAGGCUACUCGAAUGUGCUGGGAUUUCGAUCAGGAAACUCUUGAUGCCAUCGAUGAGGCGUAUGCUUCUUCCAAAAAAGUAGCAGACGAUUUCAGUAACUCCAACAUCGUCUUCACUGAUUAUGGAAAGGACUUUAUGAAGAAGGCCAAAGUGUCCCCAGACGCUUAUAUCCAAAUGGCUCUUCAGAUGGCUUAUUUCAUAGAUCAGGGAAAAUUUGAGCAAACCUACGAACCGGCUGUCAUGAGGCUUUUCAAAGAAGGAAGAACCGAAACUGUUCGUUCGUGCAGUAUCAAGUCUUGUGAUUUUGUGAAGACAAUGCUUGAUAACAACGCGUCUAGCAAACAAAAAUUGGCGAAACUCAAGGAAGCAUGCGAUCAUCAUCAGGAUUAUUAUAGAACUGCAAUGGCUGGAAAGGGAGUUGAUCGUCAUCUUUUCGCACUUUAUGUCGUCGCAAGAUACUACGGAAUCGAUUCGCCAUUCCUCGCGAACGUCUUCAGCAAAGAUUGGAAACUAUCAACAAGCCAGACGCCUCAACAUCAAAUGGUUGAAUACGCCAAAGUUCUGAACAAGGAUCCUUCACUUUUCUGGCCAGCAGGAGGAUUCUCGUGUCCUGAUGGAUCCAACUAUGGGGUCUGCUACACGAUUGCGUCGACUGGAGACCGAAUGAGUUUCCACGUGACCACAUGGAAAUCAUUGGAAAACACGAAUGCGGAUCGAUUCAUGAAGAAUUUACAAGAAAGCCUCGAAGCGAUGAAAACGAUGAUCGAAGAAGCGACAGCGAAGAACUAA